AUGGCGCUACUGUGGACCCCGUACGCUGACGAAGCCCUGGACUUGAGCAAAGCCGCCGUGAAGGCAGAACCGGUGGUGGUGACGCCGAGCCCGCCUUACCUGCCCUACAUGCCAGCCACGACCAGCCCUGUGCCUUUUUACCCUAUGUACCAUGGGUACCCAGUGUCGCAAGUCUCUCCAAUGUAUCAUGGAUACCCCGUGCCAGAGAUGUCACCAAGCAGCAGCUCAGGACAGGAAGAAGCUAUGCUGUCUGGCAAUCGCAUGGCAGCGCUCUCGCCUCCUGACUCACCUGAAGCCGAUCACAGUCGCCAGAGCCUCACCAGACUGUCCAACCACGUCGACAUGGAGUUCCUUACCGAUGACCCGAACUAUCAGGCUUUCGAGCGUGACGCUUUAAGAGCUAUGGCUGAGAAAAACGGAGGAACUUUGCUCGGAAACAAUCCUCGUAUGCGCCGCUCCGUCCGCACCACGAAGGAGACAGUCGAUGACUCGUACAAGCAGCAGAGGGAGAGGAACAACUUCGCCGCCAAGCAGAGCAGAGACCGCAGGAAGCUGAGAGAAGUGAGGCUUGCCCUUAAAGUGACUUAUCUUGAAAAAGAAGCCGCAAAACUUAAGGCCAUGCUUGCUUCAGGGCUGUGCGUGAGAUGUAAUUCCUUCCGCGGAUAAAAUGGGAAGGAAAAAGGAUAUUUUGGAGUUUCGUGCAAUUUUCUAGAUAUAG